AUGGUCGACGAAAAACACGAUACUGCCACGUCACAGGAUGAAAGCACUGUGGCAAGAAUGGCUGAUACCAUAUCGUCUCGCGCAGAUCUACCUGAUCCCACCACUUCCGAGGUGCCUGCGCCUGCCGCAGAAUCAGGGCCGAGCGCGUCUUCAGGGACUGGCAUAUCUGUGUCACACGUCGAUAACCAAAAGGAGAGUAAGGACCCUUCAUUAGAAGAGACGCGCAAACGUGCCAGAUCUCCGACGCACGAAGCCGAGCCAAAACGGCCACGUAACGAGGCAGAGGCAGACGAGGCACCUAAAGCGACCAAGCCCCUACCCACCCACUACACAGGCCUGAGUGGCAGUGUGUUGGCCGCUCAGAUGUAUGAACAGAUAAGCCAAAACGAAAACUCACACAAACUUGACUUGUAUGUGUGGGAGUAUCUAUACCGCCGCAAGCUGUACAAAACCGCGGCAACGCUCAUCGAGGAGACGGAUCUACCGGAGAAUCCUGAGGUACCUGUCCGGCUGCCUGGUGGGCUCUUGUAUGAGUAUUGGAGUGUAUUUUGGGAGCUGUUCAGCUCACGCGUGGGAUACAACACGCGACAGUCGAAUGUCUUUUCCGAGCUACUCGAGGCACGAAAGCGACAAAGUCUACAGGAUGCCAUGAAAGCCAAGCCAACACCGCCUGCUGAGACUGCCCAUCCAACGCUAGGCGCCGAGGAAGCCACGGAUCCGGCGCGUCUUGUGCAAGAGAGUCCCGUGCCCAUGUUUCUCCCACAACAACAGGCGCAGCCACAGCAGCAGCCAGCUCCUCGACCCGUGAUACCAAAUCAGCCACCAGGCCCCUCGUCCGGCAUGUCUUUUCCGGUACAGCCAUCUGUCCUAGGACAGCCUCUCCCCCUGUCCAAUGCGUCACAGCAGCCAGCACAAGGGCGUGCGCCGACGUUUCCAUCAUCUAAUGUGGCAGCGCCCAUGCGGCAUGGACAGACAAACAUGUCUAUGCAGCCAAUGUUCAAGUUGGCGCAGAACAGCAGCCCCGUGGCGACGCCCCAGUCCACGAAUCAGCCACAGCCACCAACGCCAUCUCAGCAGCAGCCACAUCAGGCCGUACAGAUGCAGCAGGCUAUGGCGCGGGCUCAUAUGAGUCAGAGCUUGAAUGUGGCAGCACUCUCACAGCAGCAGCAGCAGCAACUUUUAAUGGCAGCGGCUCUACGCCAGGGCAUUUCGCUGGAUGCUCUGAAAAGCAUGACGCCACAGUCGCGCAUGGCUCUGAUCCAGUCGGUCGCCCAAAACAUGCUCGGUCAAAAUGCGGCAGCGCAGCGCACCGAUCCCCAGAUGCAGGCUCGAUUGUUUAUGCAGCAGCAGCAGAAUUUGCUAUAUAUGCAGCAGAUGCAGAAUGCCGGCAAGAAUGCCCCUCCUGGUGGGGCCAAUGCCCAGCAGGCGCUCUUUCAGCGGCCUCAGACGGCCGGCACACCGAUGCAAGGCCCCAAAAAUGGCGAGAUGCCGAAUAGCGCCGGUGCCAUGGACACAUCGGGUAUGCAGGGUGCCCUAGCUGCGCAGCAGGCGAUCGCCGCACGAUCUGUGAUGCCAUUUGGGCGAAAUGAGAUGCAAAAUGGCACGCCACCGCCGUUUGCAUCGUCCAAUGGCAUAGGGCCAUCGUCUGAGCAGCUCUCGCCGCAGCAGCGCCAAAUGCUCGUGAUGCAGUACCAGUCACUGCAGAACGCCAUCAAAAAUGAGUGGAUGAAAGCGCAAUCGAUGAGCGUACCUAGCAUGGCCCAGCAGUGUCUGGCCAUGGCUCAGCAGAUGCAGCUCAAGGCCCAGUCGAUUGCAUCGCUCCUACAAGCGAAUCCUGCCUCCGAGCAUCCGCCACAGCACGCCGCACAGGGCGGCCUGAAUACAGCCGCGAUGCUGAGUCAAUCGUCGCCUUUGGCCCAAAAAAUGAACCUGCCCCAAAAUGCAGCCACACCGCGGCCCGAGAUGGAUAUGGGCAUGCCGUUCUUUCCUCAGGCGCAGCAGCAAGCCGUUGUCAAUGGACUCAUGGCGCGAGGCAACAAUGCUUCAACGCCAUCCACGCCUGUCACAUCGCAAACCGCGCCACAGACCACCGCUAAUAAAGGCCGCAUGAAUCGGCCUGCUCCGCCUACCGGCCAUGACGCUCUACCACCCAGUCCUUGGCAGCCGGCGACGCCACACAUGACCGACUCGCCGUCGGCAGCUAAGAAGGACAAGCCACCGCGACGACAUGCACGCAGUACGUCGGGCAAGACGCCCGUCAAGCCGGAAGAAGCGCCGCCGACGACCAAGGAAGACGAGGUGCCGAGACAGUCGUUCGACGCUACGGGACUCGGCAUGCCAUCGGUGAUGGAUGACGCGACCUUCGGUGCCAUCACAUCCUCGACGGGCGCGAAUGCACCGACGGACGACUUUGCCGCCAUGUUUGGCGUGUCGGACAUUUUUGACUUCGACUUCGACGGGGGCGACGCGGGCUCCUUCGCCGCCUCGGCGGCGCCAAGCGACAAGAAGGGCCAUGGCGAGUAG